GGCCAUGCCAAUUUCAGAAUUUUAAGAAAAGGCUUUUGGCUGACAGAGGGAAGGCAGUCCAGGUCAAGGCAAGAAGCAUACAGAGAUCUGGAGCUUGAAAGUGCAUUCGAGUUGAUGGAACUAUCAGGAUGUUUCGUGUUGCUAGGACAGACUCUGGAUUUAGCUGGAGGGAGCAUGGGUUUUCUCCUCACUCAUUCAGUCAAGAAAUAUUCACUGAGCUCUUACAUGUGCCAGACACCGUCCUGGUCACAUGGAGGCAUGCCUUCAGAAGUCUGUGUCUAGUAGAAAAGACAGGGUGAAGUAAUUACAAGGUGCAUUGUGUACAAGGAGGAAGGAGAGCCUUCAGGACGGUACGACGAGGGCAUCUGUAGAUGGCAGGUGCUUUUCACAAGGGCAGGGAUCAUGCUUGUCUUGUUCUCCCCUGGGCCCCAGCACGUAGUAGGCAGUCAACAAAUAUAUGUUAAAUGUUGCACGAAUGGCCUCACCCAGUGUACACAUUGCCUGUGAGCCUGACCUGUCCACGGCCCUCUGGAAGCCGCUGCAUGUCCCAGUCCCGCCAUGUGGGUAAAAGGGCAGAGGCGCAGUCCAGACACCCCACCCCGGAGUGAAUUACCACACCACAGACUGGAAGCCAGCAUGACAUACAAAAGGUUGGAAUGCUCUACUGUAAAUUUUUAAUUGUUAAGCAAGCAAAGAGGGUUGUAAAUUCUAUGCGGCGGGACAGUAUUGUAUAUUGUGCCUGUUGUCGCUGCCACGGUUCCUUAUCAGCCUAUUGGGGUUUCUCAGCCUCUCGUGCUUCUUGCAUGUUAGCGGGGCCCCUUUGCAGGGUCUCUGGGCCAUGGCGCAACACCAUCCUUUGUCCUGUGGGGGAGGCGGCCAGGCUGUGUGUCCUCUGUCUAACUUCCCCUCAUUCGGUCUCAUGCCUAGAUUUUCUCCAAAGGAACAUCCAGUGCUUGCCCUGCCAGGGGCUCCAGCCCAGUUCCCCGUCCUAGAGGAACACAGGCCACUCCAGAAGUACAUGGUAUGGUCAGACGAGAUGGUGAGGACGGGAGAGGCCCACAUCCGCACCCACCUCAUCCGGCCCUACGUGGGCAUUCACCUGCGCAUUGGCUCUGACUGGAAGAAUGCCUGUGCCAUGCUGAAGGACGGGACUGCGGGCUCCCACUUCAUGGCCUCCCCGCAGUGUGUGGGCUACAGCCGCAGCACGGCCACCCCUCUCACCCUGACUAUGUGCCUCCCUGACCUGAAGGAAAUCAGACGGGCUGUGAAGCUCUGGGUGGACGCGCUGAAAGCCCAGUCAGUCUACAUCGCCACGGAUUCCGAGAGUUACGUGCCCGAGAUCCAAGAGCUCUUCAAAGGGAAGGUGAAGGUGGUGAGCCUGAAGCCUGAAGUGGCCCAGAUCGACCUGUACAUCCUUGGCCAAGCUGACCACUUCAUUGGCAACUGUGUCUCCUCCUUCACUGCCUUCGUGAAGCGGGAACGGGACCUCCGGGGGAGGCUGUCCUCUUUCUUCGGCAUGGACAAGCCCCCUCAGCUGCGGGAUGAGUUCUGAUCCUGGCUGGAGCACAUCACCAGUCUGAGCUGGUCCCACUUGCCAGGCCUGGCAGCCAGCAGUGCUCCCAGCAUGGAUUCCCAAGAGUACAAGCUCCUCUGCUCCCCCGCUAGAGACAGAAAAGCACCAGGGACUUCUGGAGGAGAAGGACUCCAUCUCCCAGGGCACAGGGCUUUCAGGCUCCUGGAGCCGGAGCAUCUCUGCUCCCUGUGUGCCUCCUGCUGUUUCUCCUGGGAAUUUCGCACACUGGCAAAGCAGUCCAACCUCUGUCUUUUGGUCUGCCCUGCUCUGAGCAGCCUGGGGGGCUAAUCUCUUCAGUGAUUUUUUAUAGAGAGAGAAACAGAGAUUCUUAUAGUUUUGAUAUGAGAUCAUGAUUACCCGAGAACUCUCCCUCAUUUUUAAAAAUCAGUGAAGUUCAUUAACGUAAGUACCUAAAGUGACCUUGAAUGAGGAUGAGGCCAGGGGUAGAGUGGUUGUAUUGACCCUUUUUCCAGAUGACCCAAAGUAGCCCUUAGAGCAGGCCAGAGCCAUCCCCACUGCCUGGCCAGAGCCAUUGUCAGCCCGUCUUCCGAGGCCAUUUCCAGGGUUUGGGGCAUGAGCACUCAUCUCUAUUAUAAACACUGUGCAAAUGGAAGUUAUUGAUCAGGAUGCUGUGCAGUACUCUGCAGACAGUGAGUGCUGCUCACAAAGCACAUUCCAAGCAAGGAGCAAGUGCCAUCAAGCCAGACCAUCAUGGUAUUGCUGUCAGAGUCUCCUAGUGGUUGGUGGCCUGCCACAAACCUGGCUUCAUCGAGAUCUUGGAGCACCAGGGCCCAGGGCUGGAUGGCCUGGCUGGAUGGCCUGGUGGCAUCCUUCUGAAGGCUGCCCUCUCCCCUUUCACCUGUCUCCCUAGGGGCCUGGUUGUAGAAUUUUGCCAUUAAGUUGCUAUCCAAGGCCUAUCCCUCAAGCCUCCCUCCUGGGGCUGGAGCCCUCAGGCCAUAUUCUCACCAGGGCAUGUUUGCUAAGCUUCUGACCCAGAAGCCAUCAGAUUCGCAAUCUGCCCCUUCCCAUCCAGUGGAAUCUCUGCCAGCCCCAUGAGGCUUAAGGUAUUAAAUCGUGAGUUUCUCUGUC